AUUUGAUUGGAUAAUUCUAUAAAUAAUUCUGUGAGUUAAAUCACUCAUCAUUAUCUUUAUAUCACCUAGGGUAAAGUUGGUUUAAUAUUCUACACUACAAAGUUGUCAUUACAAGAAGGCUGAACCAGAUCAUCCACUUUUUAUAAAAUAACAGACAAGCUUUUGAGAGACCUCUAGUCUUUGAUAAGAUCAUACGUUCAUCCACAAUGCCUGAAGAAACAGAUACACAACAGCCACAAGAAGAUGUCAAAACAGAAGGUGCAGGUAUAGAACAUAUAAACAUCAAGGUAACAGGUCAAGAUGGGAACACAGUUCACUUUAAAAUCAAACGUAAAACACCCUUACGUAAACUUAUGAAUGCCUACUGCGACAGAGCUGGGUUAACAUCAUCCAUGGUACGAUUCAGGUUUGAUGGAAAUCCAAUCAAUGAAACAGAUACACCAACAGAAUUAGAUAUGGAAGAUGGGGACUCCAUAGAUGUGUUCCAGUCACAAACAGGAGGAAAAUAAAACAAUGACUUAAAUUCAUUUGACAUCCUCGUCUUCUGACACAAGCUACCAGUGACUAUAGUCAAAAUCAUUCAUCCAAGACAGAUCUUUUAUAUCAUCAUUCAUAAUUUGUGAAGGAUCAGCAUCUUUAUCAUUCAUUCAACACGGAUCACUUAUUUUGACAAUGAACAUUUCAUCACAAUUCAUCUGCCAUUGAUCAUUUUCACCACUAUUCAUUUAACAAGGAUCAUAUAAAUCCUCAUUGCCAUUCAUUAGACAGAUCAUUCUUAUCACAAUUCAUGUGCCAUAUAUUUAUAAGAUCACUGUCAUCACCAUUUAUUUGGCAUAUCCAUUAAUCAUUACCAUUCAUAUUCAUAUUCAUUGUCAUUAUCAUAUACAUUGUCAGGAUUUCAUAAUCAUCAUCAUCAUAAUUAUUACAUUGUCAUAAUCAUAUUCAUCAUCAUUGUCACCAGCGUCAUCAUCGUGAUCUCAUAAUCAUCAUCAUCACAUUGUCAUUAUCAUUGUCAUAAUCAUCAAAAUCGUGUCAUCAUCAUUGUCAUAAUCAUCAUCAUUGUCAUAAUCAUCAAAAUCAUGUCAUAUACAUUGACAUGUACAUGUAAACUAAUGAACCUUACUAACUUGAUGUAAAAUUGAAUUGAAUAAACGUUUCAUUACAAAAUUGUAAUAAAUUGUAGUGGAUAUUUA